GACAUAAAUCUUUUGUCUUCCUCCUAUAGUUCCUACCGGCUAUCACCAUUAUCAACUUGACUUGGAAACUCCUUCCCGUAAACAAGGAAAUUAGCGGGUAAUUGAGCAUUCCGAUUCUUAUAGCUUAUAUCCAUGUUUCCUCUUCUCUUCCAUGUAGACAGCUCUCGGUAUCUCGAACAGGUACGGAGAAAAAAGGCACGCAUGGUUCAUGAUGAUACAGUGUGUGUUGCUGUAGGGAAAGAUGUCGAAGAAAGCAAGUUGACUCUGUUAUGGGCACUGGAGAGUCUUCAAGCUAGGAAUAUUUGUAUUCUUCAUGUUCAUCAGCCAGCCCAGAUGAUCUGCAAAUUUCUCUACAAUAGUAAUUUCAGGGUUUAUAUGCAAAUGUAUGCAUGGGUGAUGUUCAUGUCAGUGCAGAUUUUUAUUUUUAAUGGGAAUUUUCUGAUGGACGAACUUGGAGAAGAUGAACUCAGGACAAUCAAAGAAGUGGAGGGAAAAGUUAUGCAUAGAAUUCUGGACGAUUACCUUGACAUUUGUCGCCGAGCAGGGGUGAAUGCGAAAAAACUUCUUAUUAAGAUAGAUGUUGUUGGAGAGGGAAUUGUGGACCUUAUUUGUCAGCAUAGUGCGAAGAAGCUUGUGAUGGAAGCAGCAGCUGAUAAGCAUUAUUCAGUGAGAAUGAUGGAUCUCAAGUCAAAUAAAGCUAAGUACGUGCUCCAGAAUGUGCCUCGUCCUUGUCAAAUUUGGUUUAUCUGCAGAGGGCAUCUCAUCCAUACAUGGAAUGAAAGCGACAUUGUUCAGCCUAUAUCUGAAGAUCAUCAUUCACCUUCAUCUAGUAUUCUGGAAGGAGGUGGUGACGAUCACUUCUAUAAUCAACUCUAAAAAGCUAUGGAGGAGGCUGAGAAAUUAAAAAAGAAGCAUUUGAAGAGUCUCUAAGACGCAUCAGAUCUGAAGUCUUAUUGAGGCUACCCGUAAGGCUCUAUCAUUGGAAAUCUUGUACAAUGAAGAGUUAAGACGCAGGAAAGAAAUUGUAGAAGUGUUAGCAAGAGAAAGA